AUGGAGACUGUAGAUACCAGCAAAAGACUGGCUCAAUUACGCCAGUUAAUGAAAGAGCAUAAGGUCGACGUGUACAUUGUCCCAUCAGAAGAUAGCCAUCAGUCAGAGUACAUUGCACCGUGUGACGCAAGAAGAGAACAUAUCAGUGGCUUUUCAGGUUCGGCUGGUACUGCUGUGGUUACACUGGAAAAGGCCGCUUUGGCGACCGAUGGACGAUACUUUAAUCAGGCUUCGAAACAGCUUGAUAGCAAUUGGCAACUGCUGAAGCAGGGUUUAGAGGACGUCCCAACAUGGCAGGAAUGGACGAUAGAACAAGCAGAAGGUGGCAAGACCGUCGGUGUUGACCCUACUGUAAUCACUGCCUCUGACGCGCAAAAGCUCAACAAGAAGCUCAAGAAGACCAAUGCUCAACUGAUUGGUGUUGACCAGAACCUAGUCGACAAGAUAUGGAAAGACAGACCUGCUCGACCCGCUGAGAAGGUUAUAGUACUGCCACUGGAAUAUGCUGGCAAAGACUAUGACGAAAAGAUUGCAGAGUUGCGGAAAGAGUUGGACAAGAAAAAGACCGCAGGCAUGGUUAUCUCCAUGCUGGAUGAGAUAGCCUGGCUCUUCAAUCUAAGAGGCAGUGAUAUACCAUACAACCCAGUUUUCUUCUCCUACGCUGCAGUCACUCACGAUACGGCCACACUGUAUGUCGAUGCUUCUAAGCUCGACGAUGCAGUCUACGAACACUUGCACGGAUCUGUCGCAGUCAAGCCUUACGAAGAGCUGUUCUCGGAUUUGACCUCAAUCAGCCAAGCUGCAGCAAAUUCUCCAGAGCAGAAUGGAGUUGAGCAAUCGAAACCGAAGCACACAAAAAUUCUUGUAUCCAACAAAGCCUCUUGGGCAUUGACGCUAGGGCUUGGAGGCGAAGAGAAGGUUGAGGAGGUCCGCAGUCCCGUUGCCGAUGCAAAAGCUAUCAAGAAUUCGACUGAGCUGGAGGGCAUGAGACAGUGUCACAUUCGAGAUGGUGCAGCUCUGAUUGAAUACUUCGCGUGGUUGGAGGAUCAGCUUGUCUCGAAAGGAGCGACGAUAGAUGAGGUCGAGGGAGCCGAUAAAUUAGAAGAGAUUCGCUCAAAAGGUGACCAUUUCCGAGGUUUGUCCUUUGACACCAUCUCGUCUACAGGUCCAAAUGCAGCUGUCAUACACUACAAACCAGAACGUGGGAGCUGUUCUACCAUUGAUCCCAAGGCUGUCUACCUCUGCGAUUCUGGCGCUCAAUAUCUUGACGGUACGACCGACACUACUCGGACAUUGCACUUUGGUCAGCCGACUGAGAUGGAAAUCAAGUCCUAUACACUGGUUCUAAAGGGUGUCAUCGCACUUGAUAGAGCCGUCUUUCCCAAAGGUACGACCGGGUUUGCGAUUGACAUCCUGGCGCGACAAGCCUUGUGGCGUGAAGGUCUGGACUACCGACACGGUACCGGCCAUGGCGUAGGCUCAUUCCUCAACGUGCAUGAGGGACCAAUCGGAGUCGGUACUAGAAGUGCUUAUGCUGAAGUCUCCUUGAGUGUUGGUAAUGUGCUCUCAGAUGAGCCAGGGUAUUAUGAGGACGGGAACUUUGGCAUUCGAAUCGAGAAUAUGAUCAUGGCUAAAGAGGCCGCAACAAACCACAAAUUCGGGGACAAGCCUUGGCUGGGCUUCGAACAUGUGACCAUGGUACCCAUGUGCCAGAAGUUGAUCGAUUCAAGCAUACUGACUCCUGAGGAGAAAGAGUGGUUGAACUCGUAUCAUAAAGAGGUCUGGGACAAAACUCAUGCUUUCUUCAAGGACGAUCUAAUACUCAAUUGGCUGAAGAGGGAGACCACACAAAUAUGA